CUUGAUCUACAUCUUUACGCCCUUUUACUUUUUAUUUUUUAUUUUUAUUUUUUAUUUUUUUAUUUUUUUUAUUUUAUUCUCUUGUCUGGUGAUAGUCAUUCUACAUUGCUCGUCAUCGUUGUUUGCUGUUACUGCUGCUCAUCGCUCCCCACCCCUGCUCCUCUUUCUCUUGCUCGGCUCCAGCAAGCCAACAAGCACGCCCUACAAAGGAGCGUCUGUUGUACAUGUCGUCCGCCUCACCUAUCCGCCUAUUCCUCUUCAAUUGCCAUUCCAUCCAUUUUAACUCAUUCUUCAUUCUCUUCGCUAUUGCACAUCAUUUUUGCCUUCUGAUCUCGCCCUUCUCUAUCUACCUCACGGUCAUCACACUAUUGACUUUUUCCUGCAUCUGCAUCAUGACCGUCGAUGACAGCGUUGUACAAAAGCUUUGGAAGCUGACCAACGAACUCACUGCCCAGCUCGUUUUUAACCGGAACGCAACCUUGGAGCUCAAGCAGCAGCUUGCUGAUCUUCAGGCAAAGACAGCGCAGGCUUCAAAUCCCAUUACGUUCACGCAGGUUGGCGUAAAUAACAAUCGAGAAUAUGCGGAUAUGAGCCUGAAGAUAGCAAAUGAGCGACUUCAGGAAGAAAACUCACAGCUUCAGGAGCAAUUGCGGGAAUAUGAACGAUGGAUGGAAUAUAUCAUGACCAAAUUUCGUCUCCAGAAUUUUGCCAUGGCACAGAGUCGGAAAGAGGCAAUGCAUGAGGCAUAUAGACUGGCAGAACAAGAAGGAGAAGUUGCGAUGCGACUACAACAGGAGAACGCGCUUUUACAGGCACGACUCAUGGAUGUAGGAGCAGUGGCACGGAAGGCAAUUACAGAGGAAUACUAUAAUACAGAGUCCAUCAUUGAGACGCUUGAAAUUGAGAAUCGGGGACUGCGUGAAAUACUUGGCGUCGCAACUGAUGACUUUGGGUCUAUGGCGGUACGAGAUCCUGUUAAUAGAGUCUCCUUCCCAAGCACUGGUUCAUAUGUACCGUCAAGCGGAAGUGAUCGGGAGCACCCUGCAGGACAAGGUUUUACAACACAGCAGCCGUUAUCCUCAGAACAAGCUGUUGUCAAAGAAAGAGUUACAGCUUCCAUUGAACCGCACACAAUUUCUUCCGAACCUCGGAGCCAAAAGUCAUUCGCAUCUGAAUCUACAGCAAAUACGACGACCAACUCGACUGUAGCAUCUCCUGAGCUCAAAUCUACACAACAGCUGAGCACCGAGCCGGAACAAAUAAGUUUAUUGGAGUCAAAGAAAACAUCGCCAUCAACAAGUAGAAAAAAAUCUGAGGACAAUGUAUUUGUUGCAUCACCCACAGCAAUAAGCCCAACUUCAAAUGCAAAAGGCACUGUGAGUGCUCAUUCGAGUGCAGUAUCCAGGAGGAAUAGCGACCACAGCAAUGCAACUGGCAACAAUAAUGCUGUUCGGGGGACAAGGAAACCCAACAGGAAGCAGAAGGUAUAACAGUUUCUAGCGAAAAAAGAUUCUUUUUACUAUUUAUUUUUUUGAGCGCUACACCGAUAUCCUUUGCUGCUUUUUUUCCUUCUUCUUCCUCUUUUACAUUUCUUUUCUUUCUUUAAUGUUUUUCUCGCACUUGUAACAUUAUGCCACACCUCUUCAUUCUUUUUUAUUUUAUCUUUUAUUUUUAUUUUUUAUCUCUUUAUUUUGCUUUGCAUCC